GGAGGUUCCUGAUUAGGAGUGAGUGAAGCAGGGUAAUGCGGGGCAGGGGGAGCAGGAGCACAGGCAGCCCAGCCCUGCAGCUGGAAAGCAAGAGUUCAUGUCAGACAGCUCUGUCUCUCACGGAUAAACACACCCCUGGCUGCCCUGCUCCUGCUCAUCCCACAGCCCAGAGCCGCUGCUCAAAGUAGCGCUGCCAACACGUGUAACUGCCUGACACUCGCAGUCGCAGCGCUUCUGUCUGACAAAGUUUCUGGCUUCCCUGUAUGGUUGCAUGUCUCUACCUGUAUUUGUUCUAGUCUGCCCUGGAUGCUGCGCUUUAUCUACCUCUGGAGGAUUUACCAACUUUGCCCACCGCGCUUUAUAAAUCUCAGCUCUCUCUGAACUUGGUGAAUGAGAAGCGAUCGGUGGAGCCGAAGUUCUGCGACCUGUUGCUGCUGCUGCUGCGCACCGUGUUGGGAUUAGGGGGUGCUCUUGUAAAUGUCCUGCUGGGAUUGACAGCAGAUUACAAAGCCAUUGGGAUGCCUGCGAUUUACUCUACAGCCCUGACCAGCUUUCUUUGACGACUGAUGGACUGAUGGACUAAUGGAGAAAUGACGAUUUAAAAAGCUGGGACAUGAGCCAUGGAAAUUGUGAAUGGCGAUAUAAAUAGUCACACGGAUGUAGCAUCUAAUGGGUACAUGAAUAAAAGCUUCCAAGCCUGUCCCAAGGAGAGGAACACUAGCGCCAUGGCUAUCUGUGAGUUUGAGCACUGCGAUGUGGGUGGUACUACCACAGAGCUGCAAAUGGAGGAUGCAGCGGGCAGGUAUGAAAAGAAAGCAAAAGGGCCCAGAAUUUGGAGUUUUGUGAGCAGAAGGAGGGCAAAUUCAGCAAGGAACAAGAGGCCUCAGUCUAUGAUUCUCACUAGUGAGAUCAAUGAGCCUAAACCUAAACUGUCUUUCAUGGACAAGGUAAGAUCUUUCAAAAGGUUACGGUCAUCUACAUUCUCCAAAAGUUCGGUGCUUCGCAACUCCAAGGCUAAGGUUCAGAGCCUGCCUACCGAGAACGCUGAUGUGAAUAAUGCUCGUGCUUUGUUUAGAACAAGAAAAUUUGCAGAUGGCCAAAGGCCUUACAGGCAUUCCUAUGCCGGGUAUAUUGAUGACCUAGACUGUUCAUUUGAAGACGUUGAGCUAAACAUUUGUAUCUCUGAAUGUGACUCCAAUGAGAACAAAUGGCUUAGAGAUAUGGCGGUUGGAAUGAAUGGAGAUACGGACAUUAUAGAUAAUGAAAGCAUGACCAGCCAUCGCAGACAUGCCCUUACCACUAAGAGCUCAACUAUUGCUGAGGGGGAAAUCCAAAGAAGAGGUCUUAAAAUCCCCCCUGAGCACCGCAGGGGCCGGACCUCUUACAUGUGGAAUUAUCUGAAAGGGAUUUCACUGAAUAACAAAGAAAGCUCAAAAGUUGAGGAUAAAAUAGACAAAAGUACUUUUCAUAAUGUAGAACUCACAGAUACUUCUUCAGCUGCCAGUGACAAAAGGACAGAGGAUAAUGUUGACCAGACAAAAUCAUCUGAUAGUGCCAAUGCAACCAAAUCCAAAAAUCUUGGCGGAGUCUUUAGGUUUUUCAGCAAUAUGGCAGAAGCAGCCAGAAAGUGGAGGGGCUCUUCCAGAUCUUCCACAACUGAGGAUCAAACUUCUCAAUCAACUCCUCGGACUCCUAGACUGCACAGCACUGCAAGCAAGGAACCUCUGGUUAUCGAAAAUGAAAAUGCUCUAACACUUUCACUAGAAUUACCUAGAUCUACUGAUAUGGUGACAUGUGAUAGCCAUGCCCAGAUCUACCUACCUGUUCAAGAUAUUUUACCCAUCCCCACAUCAAAGGUAGAAUAUGAUGAGCAACUAUCAGAUCAUGAACAAAUAAGUGAGGAGACGACAUAUUUAGGCAAGAACCAUUUUGAGGAUGAAGAACUAACACAGUCUUCUCACUCACCACCUUUACUGGAAUCAUUUGAGGAACAUACUAUUUCUAGAACAGAGAGUCCCAGUCAGUGCAUGGAUACUCAUUCUAUAAAUUCUAUAACCUUAGAUGUGUCCAAAGAGGAUUGUGUUUUGCCAACAACCCCUGACAACACAUAUUUAUAUGAACAGAGCCGUUUGGAGGAACCAGAAGAAGAUCCAUUUGAAUAUAGCGAUUCUGCAACCGAGUCUCAUUUAGGCUUGUCCACCCCUUCUUCAUCCUGUGAGGAGGAGCAUUGGGAUGUUACCAGAGAAGAGGAGGAGAUGGCAAAACCUCAGUGUGGUAGCCAAAGUUCUGUGUUCACAAAGGAGCAGGUUCCAUGUCACGAGCAGCAAGUUCCAGAUCACCAGAACCAGGUUCCGGUUCUCCAAGAACAGGAUAUACAUUACCAAGAUCAGGAUCCACAUCACCACGAUCAGGAUCCAAAUUACCAGGAGCAGCAUCCAGAUAACCAGGUCACGGAUCAAGAUUACCAGCAGCAGGUUUUAGAUUACCAGGAGCAGGAUCCGGAUCACCAGGUCACGGAGCAACAUUAUCACAAGCUGGAUCCAGAUAACCAGGUCACGGAUCAAGAUUACCAGCAGCAGGUUUUAGAUUACCAGGAGCAGGAUCUGGAUCACCAGGUCACGGAGCAACAUUAUCACAAGCAGGAUCCAGAUAACCAGGUGACGGAUCAAGAUUACCAGCAACAGGUUUCAGAUUAUCAGGAGCAGGAUCCAGAUCACCAAAUCAAGCAUCAAGAUUACCAAGAGGAGGAUCCAGAGGAAGAUGCUCAUGCCAAUUCCAAAGUCAGUGAUUUGGAUAAUGAUAGUAUUUUCCCAAGUGACUCUGAUACUGACCAGCAGAGCAAUGGAUAUGAACAGACAAUACCAUUUGAUGAAUUAGAGAAUGAGAACAUUUUACCGCCUCUGCGCCUCCCUCCAACUCCAAUUAAAGUGCCUGCUUCUAGCAAAUUCCCACUGGACAGAUGCAUGUCAUUGCCUUUAUCCCAGAGCACUCCAUCUGGCCUUGACCAAGUGGGAUGGAUGAAGAGGAGGUUGUUGACUUCAGGAGAAGCUGAUUUAGGCUCCAAGACUCUGGAAGUCCGGCGAGGCGGCAGCAGAAAAGUAAAAAGUGGGUGGAAAGCCAUAAAGCCAGGAUCACAUCAGUUUCCUGUACAUAAGCUGAUCAGUGGUGGAAAUAUUGUAAGUGCUGAGGCAGCAUGGGAUCACGUCACCAUGGCCAACCGGGAGUUGGCGUUUAAAGCCGGUGACGUCAUCAAGGUCCUGGAUGCUUCCAACAAGGACUGGUGGUGGGGUCAGAUCGACGACGAAGAAGGAUGGUUUCCUGCCAGCUUUGUCAGGCUCUGGGUGAACCAAGAAGAUGGCGUGGAGGAAGGGACAAGCGAGGUGCAGAAUGGGCACCUGGACCCCACCUCCGAUUGCCUGUGCAUUGGCAGAACACUUCAAAACCGAGAUCAGAUGAGAGCCAACGUCAUCAAUGAAAUCAUGAGCACAGAGCGACACUAUAUUAAGCACUUGAAAGACAUCUGUGAGGGUUAUUUAAAGCAAUGCAGAAAGCGGAGGGACAUGUUCAGCGACGAGCAGCUGAAGGUGAUAUUUGGGAACAUUGAGGACAUCUACCGGUUCCAAAUGGGUUUCGUCAGAGAUCUUGAGAAGCAGUAUAAUAACGAGGAGCCACACCUUAGUGAAAUCGGGCCUUGUUUUCUGGAACAUCAAGAUGGGUUUUGGAUUUACUCUGAGUACUGUAACAAUCAUUUGGAUGCCUGUAUGGAGCUCUCCAAACUGAUGAAGGAUGGACGAUACCAGCAUUUUUUCGAGGCAUGCAGACUGCUCCAGCAGAUGAUCGACAUUGCUAUUGAUGGCUUUCUCCUAACCCCUGUACAGAAGAUCUGCAAAUACCCACUUCAGUUGGCCGAACUAUUAAAGUACACAGCACAGGAUCACAGCGAUUACAGGUACGUGGCAGCCGCUCUUGCUGUCAUGAGAAACGUCACACAACAGAUCAACGAGCGAAAGAGGAGGCUAGAAAAUAUUGACAAGAUCGCUCAGUGGCAGGCAUCAGUCCUGGACUGGGAGGGAGAUGAUAUCUUGGACCGAAGCUCAGAACUUAUCUACACUGGUGAGAUGCAAUGGAUAUACCAACCCUAUGGACGCAACCAGCAAAGAGUCUUCUUUCUUUUUGAUCAUCAGUUGGUUCUUUGUAAAAAGGACCUCAUACGGAGAGAUAUCCUGUACUACAAGGGUCGCAUGGAUAUGGAUAAAUAUGAGGUGAUCGAAGUAGAUGACGGAAGGGACGAGGACUUUAAUGUGGGUGUGAAGAAUGCCUUUAAGCUUCAUAACAAGGAGACAGAUGAAGUGCACCUUUUCUUUGCCAAGAAGCUGGAGGAGAAGCUGAGGUGGCUGCGUGCCUUCCGAGAGGAGAGGAAGAUGGUGCAAGAAGAUGAGAAGAUAGGUUUUGAAAUAUCUGAAUACCAGAAGAAGCAAGCAGCAAUGACUGUGCGGAAAGUCAGCAAGCAGAAAGCUGGUGUCAGCUGCCCUCGCUCCGUUCCUCCAGCAUAUCCGCCCCCUCAGGAACCAGGGGCCAUCCAAGGACAGUAUAUGGUGACCGAUGGCAUUUCUCAACCACAAGUUUUUGAGUUCACGGAACCCAGGAGAAGUCAAUCGCCAUUCUGGCAAAACUUCAGCAGGUUGACGCCUUUUAAAAAAUAAUACAGAGAUAUAAAUAUAUAUAUAUAAAUAUAUAUAUUGAGAAAGGAGUAUUAGAAUAAAGAAGAAAAUUAUAUUUAUAGAUGGACUUUUUUUCGGAGAAGCCUUGUCACAACUAAACCAUGAAAGGACCAAAAAUCCAAUAAGAUAGGAAUAUUAACUAAAAACUUUAUUUUUCUUUUUAAAAAAAAAUGUUUUUUUCCUGUCGGAAAACAGGAACUGAUCUGCUUCGGGAAUCUCCACGAGACUCAUUUUCUCUCUUUCUCUCUGAAAAGCUCAUUUGGGACCACACGACGGGACAUGCCCGUGCUGUGGCGUUCCUAGGAUUCCACUUCCCGUGUGUGCUAGUGACAACUCAUGGCUUGUGGUUUAUUGGUUCCGGGGAAUAUUGCACAUUUUACGAGAGCAGCCACUCCACUAUCGCUAUCAAGGCCCCUGGAGCCAAGAACAGCCUGAUAUAAAGUUGCACAACCUGCGUUCAUUUGAAGAAAUCUCAUCCAUCGUUAAAGUUAACGCCUGCAGCUGCAGUGGGGAUUGCCAUAUAUGUCAAGUCCCCCUGGCACUGAAGGGGUUAAUCCUCCUUCAUAUCAUUAUCCCCUCAUUAGUGUACAUUUUUUUUAAAUUACAAUCUGAGUUUUCACAGAGUGAAUGCAAGGCAUUUCUUUACACUGUACAGAGGCUGAUUUCAUGGACAAAUGGACUGCGUGUGGUAAAACUAGAGGGACUGCAACUGAAACUGCCUGCACAUUUCCAGACCUUCUGUGUUGUUUUAAUUGGUGUCAGCGCGGCGCGUGUUUACAAGCAGGCUUACCGGGGACACUAGCGAUGAACCACUUACCUGUCAGUCUGUCCACUCUUCUACCUAUUCUGAGCUGUGCCUGUAAAGGGAAAGUCUUUCUCGGUGGCCCUGCCAGUCUCGCUCACUGCUUUAGUUGUUUUGUAGAUAUUAUUAGUAAUGGCAAGUAAUGAGGGGAACAAUACUAGACUUUUUUUUCAUUCCUCAUUCUUGGGUGAGCAGAUUUGCAUUUUUAAUGAUCAUUCUGUGGUGAGAUUUAUUUUUAUGUUCUGUCUUUCUCCAAAGAAACCGUUUUGUUUAGUCUGUUAAUUUAUACGCCAACAUGCAUAUGAGCAAGCAUACAAUCUUCCUUUCUGCAGUGGCUUGUAUUCAUUUACUUUUAGGCUGUCCCAACACUGGCCAUUAGCAGACCUCCAGCACUUUUAGACUUUUGGUGUUUUAUUAGUGUGCUUUCCCAUCCUUAAAGGAGAAGGAAAGCAGUUUCUUCCAAACAGAUUAGCCACAAUAGUGAAAGCUAGAACGCUAUAUUUAUUCUGUAGAAUGCUAUACCAUACCUGAGUAAACAGCCCUAGUAGCUCUUUGUGUUUAAGAAAGCAGCUGCCAUAUUAGUUUGAUGUGAUGUCACUUCCUUCGCCUGCACAAUUGUGUCUCUGGCUGGCUCGUAGCUUUGGGUUCAGAUUACAGCAGGGAGGGGUGGAGGAAGCAGGGGGAAAGGAGAGGAACAAGCUGAGCAGGCUACAGCCCGUGCCCGGGAGUUUUGAGCUGAGUGAUGGAACUCUGAUACCAAAGCCCAUGUGUACACAAUAGAAGCAAAGGAAAGCUAUGUUUGACAGAGGACUAAGAGCAGCAUUACUGUGAGUGUUUAUUGGUGUAUUUACAUAGACCUUUCUGAUAAAGCUUACAUAGUUUUACAGUUUCCUUCUCCUUUAAAGCUGCAACCAACUGGCUCGUAUUUGGAGCCCCUUAUAUUGGAGCCUUUAUAUUACUCAGUUUCCAGUUCCCUGGAAACCUUUUACAGAUUGAGUCAAUGGAGGGAUGCCAGGCCUCCAGCCAGCUGGUUGCACCAGUGAAAAGCUGUUACAUUGAGAAAGCACAGUAAUAUAUGGGCACAUAGAUUCUGCAUUAUGCUGUUUUUGGAGGGUGUACCAACAGCACAUACAGAAGUCCCUAUACUUAUAGAACACGGAGGUGAAACACAGGUAAAAAAAAAAAUCAGGGCAAUUUGUCAAAAAAGCUUUCCAUUAAAACUUGGUGAAUUUUCCUUGA